AUGGAGUUUGUUAAAGUGGAGGUUGACGACAUGAGUGCUCCAGAACCUUGUAGAAUUAAACAUGAAGAUACUGAGGAGCACACAGACUGGAUGGAAAAGAAACAGCAAAUACAUGAGCUAAAUGAAGCAGAGGAUGAACAUCGCACCUUUCAAGCUCAAAGAGCAAAAGCCAAAAAGCUGCACACCUGCUCUCAAUGUGGAAAGGGAUCAGGUGGUAAACAUUUCAUUUCGUCAUCAAAACUAAAAACACACCAGAAAGUUCAUUCGGGCGAGAGGCCUUAUGAGUGUUCUUUGUGUGGAAAGAGUUUUUCACGACUGGACAGUUGUAAACAGCAUCAGAAAAUACACGAUGAAGUGAGAGAUCACGUGUGUUGUGAGUGUGGGAAGAGCUUUACUACAGCUAGUCAACUAAAACAGCACCAAAGAAUUCACACCGGAGAAAGACCUUACAAGUGUUCAUAUUGUGACAAGAGCUUCACUCUUUCUGGAAACCUGAAAGCACACGAGCGAGUUCAUACUGGAGAGAAACCAUAUCACUGUACUCAGUGUGGGGAGGGUUUCAUAAGUACCAAAAACCUCCGUUAUCAUCUGCACGUUCACUCUGGAGAAAGGCCGUUUAACUGUGAUCAUUGUGGUAAAAAGUUUAAAUCAGCAUCAAAUCUAAAAUGUCACAUGAAUGUCCAUUCAGAUGAAAAGCAUCACUUGUGUUCUUUGUGUGGGAAGAGUUUUUCGAGACUGAACAGUUGUAAGCUGCACCAGAAAAUGCAUGAUGAUGUAAAAGAAUAUGUGUGCUGUGAGUGUGGAAAGAGCUUUACAGCUAUUGGCCAGUUGAGACGGCACAAAAGAGUUCACACUGGAGAAAAACCUUACAAGUGCUCAUAUUGUGACAAGAGUUUCACUGUGUCUGGAAAUUUGAAAGUUCAUGAGCGAGUUCAUACUGGAGAGAAACCAUAUCACUGUACUCAGUGUGGAAAGAGUUUCACUCAGUCAAAGACUGUAGCGAUUCAUAUGGAAAAGCAUUGUUUUGUGUCAGAGUGAGCAAAUGUUCCAAAUGUUCCUUCAGAUUCCAAUACAUUUUAAAGUAAGUGAGAUUCAGAUAAAGUAAAUAUGUGACUCUGGAGCACAAAACCAGUCUUAAGUCUCUGGGGUUUAUUUUUAGCAAUAGCCAAAAAACAUUGUAUGGGUCAAAAUUAUCCAUUUUUCUUUUAUGCCAAAAAAUCAUUAGGAU